AUGGAGCCUCAACAACCAAUACAACCACCACAACCCUCGAUGUCGUCCUCCCAGCAGGCCUCGACCACCUCUUCCCAGACGCCGACUCAACAUCAUCCGCGGCCCUCGCAUCCUCAACUCCACCCCUUCCUUCCUCCAAUGGCCUCGCAAAUACCUCACCGGACUGCCAAUAGCACUCCGGUCUCGUCGCCUGGCCUCUUCAGUCCGAGCAUCCCCCGCUCAAACAUGUCGCUCUCCGGCCAACCAUCGUCCGAGAACACCACUCCGGCGCCGACCCUGCACAGUCCUUAUCUUCACCCGCUCCAGAGCCACAAGGUUCGCGAGACACACAAGGCGAACGUCGAACACGAUUACACGACCGGCCGCAAGGCCAUCAACCAGUAUGAAAUCAUUGAAGAGCUUGGACGUGGUAUGCAUGGCAAGGUCAAAUUGGCACGCAACACUCAAACCGGCGAAAAUGUGGCCAUCAAGAUUAUUCCCAGGUUCUCCAAGAAGAGGCGGCUCGGAAAGGUUACCGCCAUGUCGACGCAGGACAAGAGCAGGCGCGAGAUCGCCAUCCUAAAGAAGAUUCGUCACCCCAACGUUGUCGCCCUUCUCGAAAUCAUCGACGACCCCGAGCUCAAGAAGAUCUACAUGGUGCUGGAACACGUGGAGCUGGGCGAGGUUGUCUGGAGAAAGAAGGGUCUCCCUCACAUCUGCGCUUAUGAACGCCGACGCCAGGAGAGAGAACAGCUGGGAGCCAUGCCGGACGCAAUGGAGAAUGAGUACCUGCGCUUCAUGGCAAAACGCCAAGCGGAGAAGGAAGCCAAGCGGGCGUACGUGGCGCGACAGGCUCACCCCAACAACGCCGAAUACUGGAGUCUCGAGUUUGGUACCGCCGAUGACGACGACCUCGACUUUCAUGCUAGGUCCCUGGGCAGAGACUCGUCCAUCCCGUCCUUUGCCGAGAACUGGCUUGGCCUUGUAUCCAGAGUCACCUCCCGCGCGCCUUCCCGAACUCAGUCAAUGAAGUCCAUCUCCCGGUCAAAUACCCCCCAGCCUUCCGAGCCCGACGUUGCCUCGAUCGCCUCAGUUGUUCCCGAGAUUGACGAAGAUGAGUUGGAGACACCCCAUGGACAUUCACACACCAACCAGGAUGCUGCGGUCGAGGGCACGCUAUUCGCCCCUCGCGAGGACGAACCCAGCCUCCGCAAGAGGUCCCCAAGCAUGGCCGACUCCAUCAUGUCUCACAUGUCGUCGGUUGACUACAACAGAGUGCACGAUCCUUUCGUUGACGAUUACUCGUAUGUCCCCUGCUUCACGAUCGACAAGGCCAGGUCGGCUUUCCGCGACACCGUCCUGGGUCUCGAGUAUCUACACUACGAAGGCGUCGUUCACCGUGACAUCAAGCCUGCCAACCUGCUUUGCACCAAGGAUCACCGAGUCAAGAUCUCCGAUUUCGGCGUCUCCUACUUCGGACGGCCUCUCCGCGAUGGUGAGCCCGACGAGCCUGUUUCCGAGUCAGAAGCCCGCGACUUCGAUAACGACCUAGAGCUGGCCAAGACGGUCGGCACCCCUGCUUUCUUUGCCCCCGAGCUCUGCUACACCGACACCUACGACGACCGACCUGGCCAGCAGCCCAAGAUCACCGAGCAGAUCGACGUGUGGUCUCUGGGAGUUACCCUCUACUGCUUGAUCUUUGCCCGCAUCCCCUUCCUGGCGGAGGACGAGUGGCGCAUGUUCAAGAAGAUUGCUACGGAAGAGGUCUACAUCCCAAGACAGCGCCUCCGCCCUGUUGAUCCUUCCACCAAACCGGACGAAAAGUCCCUGUAUACGCGAGUGAACCGAGAUCCUUACCGCAACGAUGAUGAGCCUUUGUACGAAGAAAUUGGCGACGACCUCCACGACCUCCUCAGCAAGAUGCUCAUCAAGAACCCGGAGAAGCGGAUUCGCCUGCGUGACGUCAAGAGACAUCCGUGGGUCAUUAAGGGCAUCGAUAAUGUCGUAGCCUGGCUGGAUGAUACCGAUCCUUCUCGACGCACGGCAGGUAGGAGAAUCCAAGUCGACGAACGUGAUAUUACUCAGGCUGUUGUGCCCCUCACCUUUGUCGAGCGGGCCAAGUUGGCUUUCAAGAAGACAGUGACCAAGUUCACCCACAGGGGAGACCGCUCAGAGAGCGUGUCCUCACGCAAACGGUCGCACCCGUUGACCCAGAGUGUCACUGCCAGCCCUUCACACUCACCACUUGGAGGUUCCCCUGCUUCAGCCGUGCCAGAGCCCUCGACCUCGGCCGUCAGCAAGCACUCGACAACACGUCAACUACGCGAGAUCUUUUCUAACAUCCGAGACCGCGACGAGUUGCCCGAUCGCACUUCCAUGAGGUCACGAAACCGCGGCCAUGCCCGAUCCGCUACCAACGCUUUUUUAAGCCUUACCCCAACCACGGGCUUCGUACCGAACCACUGCCAAACCGUACCACCUACUCCCCUCUAUGGCGUCGCACCAGAAGACCCAAGCAGCGCUCUCAGGAAGACCCGCGACACGAAGCCCCCCGCUGAUGAUACUAGCCGAGCACGCUCCGUUGAUCGGGGGUUGUUCGCUAGUGACGAUAAGCGGGCCGGACCUAUGGUCGCUCUCAGCACUGCUGUCGCCCCCGGCAACGUUCAGAUGCCCCAGAGACCACGCAUCCAGCCUUCGAUCGACCUCGCCAAGGUUUGUGAGCAGUUGGAGGAACAGAGCCAGCCGCCCAUUAUUCCCGCUACCAGCACUUUCCAUCAUCACCAUCACCAGUCUGAGAGCAACAUUAUCGACAGGCAACGUCCGACGGUCGAACUCGAUGAACGCCCACAAACAGCACACCGGAUCGAGGACUUUAUCAACGCAAACGGCCUAUCUCAGCUCAUUCAGAAUCGUGAACAUCUCUCCCCAGCUCAGGAUCCCGACAAUCACACCUUGAGAGGAAAUCGCGAGUACUACGCCGCCGAACCCGCAUCUGUUCCUUGCCCUCCAUCACCCGGAGAUAACAUGUUCAGCAGAGCACAAUCUCGUCAGGGCACGAUUGAGACCGUCGUCUCAUCCAGCACAACGUCCAUGGGAGCCUUGACAUCUCCGCUAACUAGUCCUAGCGAGGCAACGAGCCCGCAGUACAGCUCGAAGCAGAGUUUGACUAAAGACGCCGUGGAGCAGAUCCUAGCCUUCCAAUCUGAUCCUUCUCUUCCAGCUCUACUCAGCAGCACCAGCUCUGUGUCCGCGGACCCAGAAGGCGAGUUUCUCGGCAACCCAGGAGUAGUCUGCCGGUCAUCAGUCAUUGACACAACUGACUCUCUCACACCCCCAGCUUUCUCAAAGGAGCCUGUGGCUGGCUUUCCGCUUGAAGAACAGCAGGAGCAGAUUACACCAACUGCUGUGCCCAUUCGUAUGACGGAUAAUAAUAAGCCGCCUGUUAAGCACCAUCCGUUUUCGCAUGUGCGGGCAAAAAGCCAUCAUCACAGCAAUCAUCAUGAUGACGAUGAUAGCGAUAGUGAUGAAGGGUUGGUCAUGGCUAGACGGAAGAAGAGCCCAACCAUCUCUUCUCCUUCAACUGCAUCAACUUCCAAGGAGCCCAUCUCCAUGGGAAGAUUAAUGACCGGCGCGAGGCGUCGGGACACCAAUGCUAGUGUGGGAAGCACAGAAACUGCCAAGAAGCUUGUUGUGGAGAGCGACUGA